CACCACACCCAUGGCCUGCUACGACCUCUGCCGCCCCUGCGGACCCACCCCGCUGGCCAACAGCUGCAACGAGCCCUGUGUCAGGCAGUGCCAGGACUCCACCGUCCUCAUCCAGCCCUCCCCCGUCCGCGUCACCUUCCCAGGGCCCAUCAUGACCUCCUUCCCCCAGAGCUCCUUCGUUGGAUCCACCGCAGGGGCUGCCCUGGGCACGGAGCUCAACGUCCAGGGACAGCCCAUCUCCGGCGGCUUUGGGGCCGCAGGCUACGGCCUGGGCUAUGGCCGUGGCUUUGGCUACGGCCUGGGAGGCCUGGGCUGUGGUCUGGCAGGUCUUGGCUGCUCCGGCACCUGCUGA